UUUAAAAUGGCUCAAAAUGCAAACCAAGAAAAAGGGGAAACAAGCACGCAAAGUUGGAUGGUCGCCAAGUUACCUCCACCAGAAUCAUUCUCCACCGAUAGCAAAUUAGUGAAUGGAGGGUUGGUAGAAAAUAGCGAUGUCAUUGUGGGGAAACAGCAAGGUGAAUCAGUGGAAGGGCGUAAUAGUGAGGCGACAAUAGAACAAGGGAGUCGUGAAGAGAAAAAAGGCAAAGAUGAAGCUGAAGUUGACGCAAUCAACCACACACUUGAACCCAAGAAAACGAAUAGCGAACGCGAGGAGCAGGUUUCUACUAACAACACAACAACCAAAGUUGAAUUAAUAGGCCAUCUAGAAAAAGAAAACAAAACUGCAGUUGACGAUUUCUCGACAGAAAAAUCCAACAAAGGCACAUAUAAUCGUAAAGGAAAUAGAAGGCAGAAAUCUAGACAUAACGGAGAAAAAAUCCGAGGGAGAAACGUGGAAACCUUAUCGCAAUCAGAAGAAGGCAACAUCAGCGACAAAAUGAAAAUUAACAUCAACGACCAGGAUCCUUUGUUACAUGAUGAUAGAAUCGAUCAAGAAGAAGAAGAAGAUUAUGGCAGUGACGACACUGCUAGUUCAAUCUCGUCAAUAGGAGAUGACACAAUGCCGGGAAUGGAAGAUGUUUCUUACCCAGACGAAUCCAUGCAUCGCCUUUCAGAGCCGGAUUUCGACGUAUGGCGACUCGGAAGAGAUGCCAUGGUCGAUCACUUAGAGUAUAUGUACCACGAACUGGGAGUAACCAGAGCGUGGAAAAUUCCAAGAGCCACCCUAAGAAUGUUUCUGCUAGGAGUGAGAGAACGAUAUCAAGACAAUCCUUAUCACAAUUUCAAACACUGUUUCUGCGUAACUCAGAUGACCUACAGUAUGAUCUGUAAACUCAAGCUUCGCCAUCUUCUCUCUGUCGAUGAUCUUGGGAUGAUACUUACAGGAGCCGUCUGCCACGAUGUUGAUCAUCCGGGACUCAAUAACGGUUAUCACUGUCACGCACACUCCCCGCUGGCUAUUCUUUACAAUUACCAAAGUAUCUUAGAACAACAUCAUUUUGCUGUUACCUGUCGAAUACUAACAAACAAAGAGCGAAACAUAUUUCGAAAUGUUUCAAACCGAGAUGAGAUACUGAAUGGCACUAGGGAAUUGAUACUUGCCACUGACCUUGCUUUGCAUAAAGAUAUUAUGGAACAAUUCAAGAGAAACACGGCAGAAGGAUUCGAUUUUAAAAACAGAUCUCAUGUUCUGAGUUUGCUAAAGAUCAUCAUAAAAUGUGCGGAUGUAUCGAAUGAAGUACGACCGGAAAACAUAGCAACGCCAUGGGUUGAACGACUCUUUUCUGAAUAUUAUGAACAGAGUGCGCGGGAGAAAAGAGAAAGAUUACCCGUUACACCGUACAUGGAUCCCGAAAAGGUCGACGUCACAGACUCACAAGAAGGGUUUAUCAAAGGAAUGAUGCUACCGAUGUACAGUGAAUUGGCAAAGCUCGUCGUAGACGCCCGAAUAUAUUAUGUGAAUCCUUUGAGCGAUGCGUUACUUCGAUACGAAUUACAAAAGAGGCAAACGAUGUGAACUGAAAACGAAUAAACGAUUGUUAUGACAUCGUAAAGACUGAAGUCCCGCAGUUGGCGUGAUAGAAGAACAGGGCACAAAAGUCAAUUGGCAAAACGCCGGAUUUUGAUGCAAAAACUAAUUAAUGGUUGAUGGGAGUGGAGUGAUUAUUUUAGUAGAGGUAUAAAACUGUGAUGUAUCGUUUUCGUUAUUUUUUAUUAUGUUUCAAUAGGUCAACAUAUAUUACCUAUGAAAUCAGUUGUUCUGCAAUUUAUCGUUUGAGUUAGGAAUCUCAUCAUGUUCAGUCGAUGUAAACCAUUUUAUCAUGACUAAUGUAUACUUAUGUAACACACAGAAAUUUAUUUAUUGGUCAAUAGAGCAAUCACUGGUGUAAUAGGAAAAGCUUGUCGUAUUGCCAAAUACCGUUUAAAACUUCCCUCUAUGAAACAUCCUAGUCUACAUGCAUUCUAUGCAGUGUUUGUAAUAAGUACACUAGACUGACGCGAAAUAUAAUGAUGUAUAUACAAUUCGUUGUGAACCCAAUGCGGCCUACAACUCCGUUGACUCUAAACGACAAGACUACCUAUCAACUUCAAAUCAGAUUUCUGUUCCGACUGUAAUUAAAAAUAUAUUUUCUUUAUUGAUUGAUUUAUUUAUAUUUGUAUUACUGUUGUUGUUCGAUUUGCCUAUUACAUUGAUGCUUUUUUUUUGUAUUUUUACUUUUCGUUUUCUGCACCUUAUGUACCGCCAGCCGAAUAAAAACGGCAGGAACAAUUUCAAUAAAAUAACCUCAACAUCA